UUGAUAAGACACCAGCUUAUUGCUUUAGGCUGUCCCAAGGAAGGAGACAACCCAGGAUAUGUUCCCUGCUCCCUCUCUGUUACGAGGCUUUGACCUGGGCUGCCAAAAAUAACCCAGUUUCUUCUUCACUGGCAGUUAUGAAGGCACUGCUUGCUGAGUCCUCACCGAGAACUUGCUGCUCAUUUGCCUGAGGUUCAUCUUUUCCCCAGAUGCAAAUGCUGUCAACUCCGGUUCCACCAAGAGUGCCACCGCUGAGAUGGAGGCCCCGCUCCCUGGUCUCUUCCUGCUUCUGGUCCCCCUGGCAGUGGGAUGGGGAAGCGGGGCGGUCACAGCCUGGGCAACAUCUUCUGGCAGCUGCAAGCUCGUGCAGAGCACCAUGGACUGCACUGGGAGACGGCUGAGCUCUGUCCCAGGAGAUCUUCAAGGUGAUACUGAGGAACUGUUGCUUGAUGACAACACUAUUUGGGUUCUGGGCAAUGAGUCUCUGCUCUCAUACUACCAGCUGCGGUGUCUCAGCUUGACCAAGAACCGGCUGGAGCUCAUUGAGCCGGGUGCUUUCCUCAGCAGCCAAGGCCUCCAUGUGCUCUCCUUGGCAGACAACCUCCUCUUCACCAACUACUCGCUGACAGCAGCUGCUUUUUCUGCUCUGCCGGCUUUGAGGAGGCUGGAUCUAGCUGGAAACCACCUCACUGAGGACAUGGUAUCAGUUUUGGUCUGGAACCUGUCUUCCUUGGAGUCCUUGUCGGUGGCCAGGAACAUCAUCAUGAGGUUGGACUCAUCCAUCUUCACGAACCUGACACAGCUGUUGGAGCUGAACCUGGAGAAGAACUACAUCUUUGAGAUUGACGAAGCUUUCACAGGGCUGCAGCGGCUGCAGCGGCUCAACAUAGCUUAUAACUACCUCCCGUGUGUAGUAGAGUUUGACCUGACCCAGCUCAGGGUGCUCAAUGUCAGCAACAACGCCAUCGAGUGGUUUCUGGCCCUGGAAAGUGAUGACCUUUUUGAGCUGGAGGUGCUGGACCUGUCCCACAACCACCUCCUCUUCUUCCCUGUGUUGCCUCGGCAGAGCAAGCUGCACUCCUUGCUGCUGAAGGACAAUGAGAUGAGCUUCUACCAGCGCCUUCCCAAUGGCACAUCCCUGGCGGAUGUCACAGUACAGUUCCUGCUCAUUGAUGGCAACUCCACCAACAUCACAACGGUCAGCCUCUGGGAUGAGAUCUGCCACAGCAACCUCUCCUCCCUGCGCCUCCUGGACAUGAGCCAGAACCAGCUCUGGUACCUGCCGGAGGGUUUCCUGGCCCAGAUGCCUUCCCUGACCCACCUGAAGCUCAACCAGAACUGCCUGGAGAUGUUUCACCUUUCAGAGAAGGACCCUUUAGCCAUGCUGGCAGAGCUGGACCUCAGCCAGAACAGGCUGGUGGAGCUGGAGGUGGAGGUGGGUGCCAGGGAUGUCCUGCCCAAUCUGCAGCUCUUCAACCUCAGCACCAACAGGCUGCAGGCGCUUCCUCCUGGGGUUUUCACCUACACCAGGAAGAUCACUACCGUGGACCUCAGCCGCAACCGGGUUGACCUCUGUCCCCAGCCAGCUGUUGCAGCUGGGGCAAAGAGUCCCCCCUGCGUGGACAUCAGGGGUGUCAAGACCUUGACUCAUCUCUCCUUGGCUGGCUGUGGUCUGAGGGGACUAGAGGGCCACCCCUUCCAAGGGACAUUGCUGAUGCAUUUGGACCUCUCUGACAACCAUCAGGUACUGUCUGGGGACCUGGGCUGGCUGCAGGACCUUGCUCUGACGCUGCAGGUGUUGUCUCUGAGGAACACCAGCCUCUCCUCCACCACUGUGGACUUCUCUGCCUUUAACAGCCUUGCGCACUUGGACCUUUCGGGGAAUUCGUUGACUGCCUUCCCCAGCUCGCUGGGUGCCCUGAAACUGCGCAGCCUGAACCUGCGGAACAACUGCCUGCCGGCUCUGCCGGUGGACGUGGUGCAGGCACGGCUGGGGAAGAGCCUGCGGGAGGUCUACCUCAGCCAGAACCCCUACAACUGCUGCAUGCUGGGCUGGUGGGACUCCCUGCAGCGGGUCGAGGGGUUGUGCAUCCCUGACAGGCAGGAGGUGACCUGCAGCUACGCCUCCCACACACUGAGCCCCAGCGCACUGCCCGAGCCCGUCCUGCGGAGCUGCCGCUGGCAGACGGCUGACGUGGCGCUGCUCUACCUGGUGCUGGCCCUGCCCACGUGCCUGACACUCCUGCUGGCCUUCGCCAUCAUCUUCCUCACACUCAAGCAAAAGCUGCUGAAAAUGGUGAAAAGUCAGUGCGGAGUGUCCAGCCCUUACUGAUGGCUGAGGAGUAGGAGGAGGAAGGGCUCAGGAAUGGUGAAUGCAAGUGAGUUGUCAGGAUUACAGGCAGUAACCCCUCUGAGGUGGGUGAGAAGGAGACUUAGUGGAUGGAGGAUCCAGGGGGUGCUGGGAGAGCUGCUGUUCCUGCUAUAGAUGCCCUAAGGGUACCUGAAGGGUGUGGGGCCAUGUCUGGUGAUGGAGCCUGAGGCCAUGCUGAGCAUUCUCCAAGUCUUCAGCAGAAACCAUCAGCUGAUGUUGGCGAGAGUCAUAGAAAUCAGAGAAUCAAAUGGUUUGGAUUGGGAGGAACCUUAAAGCUCAUCCAGUUCCAACCCCCUGCCAUGGGCAGGGACACCUUCCACUAGAGCAGGUUGCUCCAAGCCCCGUCCAACCUGGCCUUGAACACUGCCAGGGAUGGGGCAGCCACAGCUUCUCUGGGCAACCUGUGCCAGGGCCUCAACACCCUCACAGGGAAGAACUUCUUCCUAAUAUCUAAUCUAAAUCUCUCUGUCAGCUCAAAGCCAUUCUGCCUUGUACUGUCACUACAGGCCCUUGUAAAAAGCCCUUCUCCAGAUUUCUUGUCAGCCCCUUUAGGCACUGGAAGCUGCUCUAAGGUCUCCCAGAGCCUUCUCUUCUCCAGGCUGAACAAGCCCAGCUCUCUCAGCCUGUCAAGUUGAGCAGACAUGACACCAAACACCUCUUGGCCAAAGUGGCAUGGACAGUUUCCCCCAGUGCUGUUCCCCCCCACCCUCCUUCAGGCAGUUCCUUUUAUUUAUUCACCCCAGCAGCCAACUCUCUGCUGCAAAACAUCCUCCAGGUCUGCAAACAGCCUCUGUGAAUUGCUCUGGGCUGAAGCAAGCAUGACCAGGGCGCUGCAGAGAAGGGUUUCCGUGGCCACAGCUCCAGCAAACACACAGGCAGCCCUGGGCAUGCACCCCAGUGUGUGUGCUGAUAAGACAGGUGUUAUCAUUAGGGCUGAAAGACAUGUUUUGGGGCGUGUUGCUUGGUUAAGUCGCAAUCCCAGUUGGAAAAAAACAUUAAAAAUAGCCCAAGCUGCAACAAUGUAAAAUACUGAUUGAAAAACAGGAGAAUAAAUUA